GCCUGGGCAGCCUCCCCUACGGAGAGUUCAGCGGCGGCUGGUUCCGCUGCCUGGAGCUCUGCAAGGAGACGCCAAGCUGCGAGCAGGUCACCUACACCGCGGAGGGGCGGUGCUUCGGCAUGAGCGCUCGCACCCACGAGGAUGCCAAUGGCCUCGGCGGGAGCAACGGUGGCUUCACCACCGCCCACUGCUACGGUGAGGUGAGCGGUCCGGCAGUGGUGAUGCAGAACCCGGGCUGCCCCAAUGUGUUUAUGGGAGAUCGGUUUUUGGACCUGGGCCCGUGGCGCCUGGCCGCCUGGGACGACAACCAUCUCUCCAUUGCCCACAAGACGGGUCAGGCUGCCAUCGUCUUUCGCAACGAUGGGGCGGUGCUCCACCAGCGGACGGAUCUCUUGGCCUUCAACCGCCCCAUCGCCCUGCCGAAAGGCAUCAAGUUCGGCUUCCAGUUCAUCCAGAUCGGAGAGUUCCGGCUGGGCGCAGCAAACGACAACCACUUCUCCAUCCAGCACUCCGGUGGAAACACCGUGCAGGUG